ACGUGGGAGCGGCGCGGCGGCGCGCGAAGCAGAAGCAGCGCAGGCGCGAAGCUGCGCAAACGCGGGGCCCGCCCCUGGGACCCUCGGGGCCGGGGAGGGUUGGGCCCCUCUGCGUACCCCUGUCGGGCGCCAGAGAAGGCAGGCGGCGAGUAGCAUUCCGGGUAGGUGCUGCACGCGGGGCCCUGCGAGGCACGUGACGCGGGCGUCGGCGGAGGUCUGCCGCGGCGCAGAAAUGUCUUUCCUCCAGGAUCCAAGUUUCUUCACCAUGGGGAUGUGGUCCAUUGGUGCAGGAGCCCUGGGGGCUGCUGCCUUGGCACUGCUCCUGGCCAACACAGACGUGUUUCUGUCCAAGCCGCAGAAAGCAGCGUUGGAGUAUCUGGAAGAUAUAGACCUGAAAACAUUGGAGAAGGGAGUUCGUGUCCCUGAGCCCCCGUGUCUUCUGCAGGAGGCGGCAGACCUGUCCUCCCUGAAACCCAAGUUGGAUGAGCUGGGCGUCCCUCUCUAUGCAGUGGUGAAGGAGCACAUCAGGACUGAAGUGAAGGACUUCCAGCCUUAUUUCAAAGGAGAAAUCUUCCUGGAUGAAAAGAAAAGGUUCUAUGGUCCACAAAGGCGGAAGAUGAUGUUUAUGGGAUUCAUCCGUCUGGGCGUGUGGUACAACUUCUUCAGAGCCUGGAAUGGAGGCUUCUCUGGAAACCUGGAAGGUGAAGGCUUCAUCCUCGGGGGAGUUUUUGUGGUGGGACCAGGAAAACAGGGCAUUCUUCUCGAGCACCGGGAAAAAGAAUUUGGAGACAAAGUAAACCCGCUUUCUGUUUUGGAAGCUGCUAGGAAGAUCAAGCCACAGACUUUGACCUCAGAGAAGAAAUGAUUGUGUGAAACCGCCUGAGGCAGGAUGACUAGGGGCACUCACCAGUGUUCUGAAGGCGUCAGCGUCGGGUUUCCACUGUGUCCCUAAGGAGUUAGAAACCCACCUGUACUGUGUUCUCAGUAUGGAUUGUUAACAUAUUUUAAUGCUGUCUUCUGUGUAUGCCCAGUAAGGCAAAGUAGCCCCAAAACAAGGCUGACAGAAAUCUAAGAAAUUUGUAAGGGUUAUUUUAGCUAAAACCUGGAAGAUACGAGGUUUAAACUUGCUGCACCUCAUUACAAAUGUAUAUGGUGUUUGAGUGUUGUUAUUUGAAAUGAUUUUUAUUUUUAUGUCUUCAGAAAUCUAAGAAAAGUUGAUUGGGAGAUUGGAAAAUACAAGGUUUUUGACUUUUAUGGUUUCUAUUAAUAACUUGUUAUAUAAUGUCAAAGUAUAACUCAUAUGCUCCAGAUUAGUUUGAUAAAGAUAAAUAAUAAAGUGAGAUCUCUUGUUUCAUUGUCUUCCAUUCUAACCCCAGAGAUUUGUUUUUGUAGAAGAAAUGAUCAUCUCUAGCUCUAAUAAAAUUAUGCAUCAGAAAUCAC